GUCGUCAUUACCACCCACCGCCACCACCAGCACCUACCCUUUCCUCGCCUCCAACUCUCAACUUCAUCCUCCUGCUCCUGCCUCCAGCACCGCCGCUUCUUUUUCCUUCUCCCACCCCCAACUCCAUUACUACGAUUCCCCGUUCGACUGCUUCAGCUCCCUCGUCUCCUCCUUGAGGCGCAAGUACUGGCGCUCCUCAAAGCUCUCUGUCCGCCACUUCUCUGCACCUUCCGAUCAUCCUCACAUGGCGGCAUUAGAUGCUAGGCGGAAGAAGGCUACAACUACGCAGCAAAAGAGAGGAGAACUUGAAGGAGAGAUCUCCAUUCUUCGAAAAAUGCUUAAGCAUGAAGAAAAGGUGCAUGAAAUUUUGGAGCUAGCACAUGAAGGAAAUAGUGCUUCUAUCGUUUCUAUCCCAAAAGAUCUUCCUCCAAAGAUGAAAGAGCUCUUGAUAGAGUUAUCUAUGGUUGAAGGUGAGAUUGCUCGACUUGAAGGCCAAAUAAGCCACCUCCAAGAUGGCUUGAAGAAAGAACAGGAAAUCACCAGGGAAUCAAAAUCCAAACAAUGGAAACAAGGUUUUCUGAGUAGCCACAGUGGCUAUUUUUCUGUUCCAUCGGAUCCACUACCCACAGCAGCCAAAGGGACAGUUCAAGAAAGGAUGGGAUUUGAGACCAAGGCAUUGCAUUUCAUAAGCAAAGCUAUCAAAGGAGAUUACCAUCUCAAUGACUUCAGCACUAACGAGAAAAUUGGGGGCUUGAGAUCAUUCCAUGAUAAGAAGGAAGACCAUUUCCUGGGGGAAGCUGGAUUUUCUAAGAAAAUUCCAAGAAAAAGUGGGUUCUUGAAGCCAACCUCACCCUUACCAGAUCCAAGACAUCCAACACCAAGGAGAGUGCGUAAUGUGGACGUAGGUCUACCCUUAGUGGAUCUCCAAAUAAAUUCUCCUUCUCGUUCAAUUCCACCGCCAGAUGAGGAAAGCAUUCAAAAAUGGCAACCAAACAAGCUCUCAGAGAGCAUCAUGAAGUGUUUGAUGUUCAUUUUUGUGAGACUAACUAGAACAUCGAGAGCAAUGGAGCUAGAGAGAUCGAAUCCCAUUUCGAGGUCGUCUUUUUCUUCUUUGAGCUCAAUAAGCUUCAGGGCAGACACUGCAAACUCCAAAUCUAGCCUUAUUUUACAGAAGGAAACAAGGCAGCAGGAUCCCUAUGGUAUUUUUGAGCCAGAGGAGUCUAUUCCUAGAGACAUUGGUCCUUACAAGAACUUAAUAAUGUUCACAGCCAGCUCUUUAGACCCAAAAUGCAUCUCAAAUUCUAGCUCUAUUCCUUUAUUAGAGAAGUUGAGGACCCUAAUAAACAAUCUCCAGAAGGUGGACUUGAGAUUCUUGACUUUCCAACAGAAGCUAGCAUUCUGGAUCAACAUGUACAAUGCUUGCAUUAUGCAUGGAUUUCUCCACUAUGGAGUGCCUUCAAGCCCUGAAAAAUUGCUUAGACUGCUGAACAAGGCAACCCUCAACAUAGGAGGAAACAUGAUAAAUGCACAAGCAAUAGAGCAUUUUAUUUUAAGGAAACCAACAUCUUCAAUCAUGAGGGAGAAUGGUGAAAAGGAUGAAAAGGAAACAAUCGUUCGCAACCUUUAUGGCCUUGAGUCAUUCGAUGCCAAUGUCACUUUUGCUCUGUGUUGUGGAACUCGAUCUUCUCCAGCAGUGAGAAUAUACACAGCUGAAAGUGUCGUAGCUGAGUUGGAGAAAUCAAAGUUGGAAUACAUGCAAGCUUCCAUUAUUGUGACCAGCACAAAGAAGGUUGCAUUUCCAGAGUUGCUCCUAGGAAACAUGCUUGAUUUUGCAGCAGACCUAGACUCAUUAGUCAAGUGGGUUUGCCAGCAGCUGCCUACAUCAGGGACACUGAGGAAAUCCAUGGUGGAUUGCUUUAGGGGACAGCCCCAUGCCAAGCUAUCCAACGUCGUCGAGAAAAUAUCAUAUGAGUUUGAGUUUCAGUAUUUGUUAGCAAUAUAGGUUCAUUAUAAAGAAAUAAGUGGACAAUUGGGUUAGAAAGGGAUAAAUUGUUUGUAUAAUUGUUGAUUUUGAGUUUGAGUAUAUGUCAAGAUUUUAUGUAUAUAAUUUUAGCAUGAAAAUUGCAUUAUUGUUGAAGAUUUUUUGAAAUAAAGCUUCAGUUUU